AUGCUGGCCCCAGCACAGCGCCUGAUUCAACUGGAAGUCCACUUCAUGCCCUACAAAACAGAGUCCAAGGUGCCGAAAAAAGAUGCUUUUGUUAAGGCUUGUGGCACAGAGCUUUGCAAGCAAUUCACCUAUGACAUCCCCGAGAACGACGAAGGAGUUCCUUUGGGGAGUCCUUCAGAAGAUGGGUGUAUUCUUGAUGGUUGGUAUUACUAUCGAGUUUUUGUCGUGGAUGAGCGUAUGACGGUAUAUGAACAGUUUCUCCUGUGA